UUUUAAUCCCUCUAUAAGUGAUUUUGCUUCUCCCAGUACACAUUGUUUGAGAACCGCGUGUUUUACUUCUUCACUUCCGUCGGUCUCGUGUACUGUAGCGUUGAAGAUUUGCCACCACUCGGGCCAGUCUAUCUGCCUACCCGAGAAUUUUCCAAUUUCUUGCCUCGGUGGCUUAAAACUAAAUCCAAGAGCUUGUUGUACUUGUGUUGUAGAAUUAAUUAUCGAUUUCUCUUUUCUUUCUUCCUUUCUUUUUUCAGUUUUUAACUUCCUUUCUAAAUCUUUUAGACUUCUUAAUUUUAUUUCCGCUUCAUUUAGACGCUCUUCGAUAUUAUAGUCUUCUGCUACUUCUUCAUAUGCUUUUUCAAGCGUUUGUUUUUCUGCUUGCGACCCUCUUUGAAUUAGCGAAAUCCAUUUCGCGUUUGCUUCUUUUAAAUCGUUGUAGGCCUCCGCUAAUUCUUCAAUUUCUAUAUUUAUCUGGUCGAGUGUUUCACAAACAUCAAGGAAGAAUUCUGAAUUUUGUUCAGAAUCUUCAGGUUCUUUUGGAACCUCUCGCUCAAGUAGCGUUUGUACCGUUUCCGAAGCUCUUUUUGUGA